AUGCGCUUCUCAGCCGCGAUAUUGGCCGGGCUGCUAGUCCUCGCCGACCACAGCUCGGCCGCCGGCCUCCACGAGCUUGCUGUAAAGGCAGGUAAGAAGUACUUUGGUACGGCCACAGACAAUGGCGAGCUCUCAGACUCGGCCUAUACGUCCAUUACGAAGGACGCCAACCUUUUUGGUCAGAUGACACCCGGCAAUGGACAGAAAUGGGACUACGUCGAAGCGACCCAGGGCAUUUUCACAUACAGCUACGCCGACGUAGUGCCCGACUUCGCCAAGAAGAACGGCCAGAUCUUGCGCUGUCACACGCUGCUCUACCGCGCCCAAACACCUUCGUGGGUGACGAACGGGAAGUGGACCAAGGCCCAGAUGACGUCCGUCAUCACAACGCACAUCAACAACGUCGUAGGUCACUACAAAGGCGAAUGCUACGCGUGGGACGUGGCCAACGAGGCCAUCGAUGACGAUGGCAACUACCGUCAAGACACCGCCUUCUAUAACGUGCUUGGCCUGGACUAUAUGACGCUGGCCUUCAACACGGCUCACGCUGCCGACCCAGCGGCCAAGCUCUACUACAAUGACUACAACAUUGAGAAUGUCAAUGCGAAGCAGCAGAAGACACUGGAGCUGGUCAGGUUUAUUCAAGAGUCCGGCGCGCCGAUCCACGGUGUUGGUAUGCAGGGCCACUUCAUCGUCGGCAGUAUGCCGAGUCAGGAGGACCUCGAGACCGCUGCCAACCAGUACACCGCCCUGGGCGUGGAGGUGGCUUACACCGAGUUCGACGUUAAGUUCACCAGCCUGCCGUACACGGCCGCUGGCCUCAAGUCGCAGGGUGACGCGUACGCGGCCGUCAUCAAGGCCUGUCUCAACGUCGAGGGCUGCGUCGGCUGGACCAUCUGGGACUGGACCGACAAGUACAGCUGGGUGCCGGGCACUUUCCCCGGCCAGGGCGGCGCGUGCCUCUGGAACAGCAACUUCGAGCCCAAGCCCGCCUACUAUUCCGUAUCAUCAGCCCUUGCUGCCGCCGCCACCAAGGCUUCCUCUUCCUCGGCCCUGCCCGCAACCACCAACACAGUCGUCGCCACGUCUUCGGCCAGCAGCGCCGUUGUUUCCGUUUCCACUUCUGCUUCUGCCGCCGAGGUCUCCACCUCUUCUUCGACUGCCGCCGGCGCUGCCACCACCACUACCAAGGCUGCGUCUAGCGCCGUGGUUGCGUCUGGCACCAAGACGGCAUCCAUCGUUUUCACUUCUACUUCUAGCCAGGCCUCGAACGCUACUGCUCUCCCACCUAGCGCUACCAUUAUCCCACCCAGCGCCACCGUUCUCCCAUCUAACGCUACCGUUCUUCACCCCAACGCUACCGCUUUCUUCCCUAACGGUACUGCCACCUUGACUCGCCCUGCUGGCGGCAUUACCACUCUCCCUGGCGGCGUUGUUCCCAGUAUCUCUGGCGGCGUCAUUGAGAGCACCUCUACUCCCGUCAUCGGACGCCCCUCCACCGUGACACUCCCGGGUGACAUUCAGACCGUCAGCCUCACCCAGACCGCCAUCCCGAACCCCAUCUCCUCUGCCGGUAACGGUGGUGAUUCCCCGAGCCCCACCUACUCUGCUGGCACUGGCGGCGACAGUGCUGUCACCGCGGCGCCCAGCUACACCACCUCCACCAUCACCGCAACCAACAUCUACACCAUCACCUCAUGCGCCGCCGACGUCCCCGACUGCCCCGGUAGAAUCGGCAGCCCCACGACCGAGAUCAUUGUCAUCACAACAACCGUUCCUUGCUCACAGACGACGGCUAUUCCUGGGGUUCCCACAGCUGCUGCUGUCACAUCCGGUGCACGCCCGUGGGACAACGACACGAUUACGUCUAGCGCUGGACCCAAAGCGUCCACGCUGCGCUCCGUGACUCUUGGUAUGGACACGACGCCUGCUCCGACCAAGGCCCUCGUUGCUCCGGGUGGAAGCGCGGGAUGCAAGAAGAGGCGUCGCCGUGCCAGGAGACAUGCUCUUGUGGCUACUCAUGACGCUUAG